UUACCUAGUUUACAAUCAAAAGAUUCCCUCAAAAGCACACAUAAAAACGAAGAUAAGAGAUGGAGGAGAUUAUUGCAGACAAUACAGAUAUGUACGGAGCUCUGGUGACGGCUCAAUACGCACGGUUGCAUGAUCGUCACCAUUGCAGAGACAACCAGUGUACUGUGUACCUCUGUUCUCAUCAAAUACAAAUACAAACCAUUUGUAAGCAGGUGUUUAUAGUUAAUGGUCAUCCUGAGAUCGCUAGUCUCAGAGAAGUAAACGUCAAAUCUGGUCUUCCUGCGACAACCAGCACCGAGAGAUUAGAACAGCUUGAUGAUGACGAUGAGCGUAUCAACAUCAUCGGUGGUGAUCAUAGACUUAAGAGAUGAUCAAUGGAAGCUCAGGAACUAUGGUGAUUGAAUCUUUUGUUGUGGUCCUGUGGAUGUUUCUCAAGGCAACACCAAAGAUGAGACUUGUUACUUCGUGGAAUCUCUCAUCAAGUGUAACUUAAAUUCCUUGGCGUGCGUCUCUGAAAGAUUGGCUGCUCAAGAGAUAUAGUUUGUUUAGUAGACUCUUCCAUCAAGACAUUCUUCAGUCUGGUCUUAUGUAUAGGGAAGCACUUGUGGUCACACUGCCAUGUUUAUACUAGCUCCAUAUGGCAAUCACGUGGUGUUUGUUGGACAGUGUCUGUGUAUAUAUGCACCAUUGUAAGAAAAGACCAGAGCUACUUUACUUAGUAAUGUAUACUAUCACCAGGAGUCAUUACAGGAACACUUUCCUUCUUUGAAAUGGUGAAUCCGUGACCCUUCUUGUAAGACAAUCUCACGGUUUCUCAAAAAUGUUAUGUACUUUGCUACGGUGUGGCAAUCAGAACAUAUGCUCGUGUUCUUGACCACUCUUAUAGGAUCUGACCCUCUCUUUCUGA